AGUUAAUAAUACGCGAUGAAGUUCGGUGCAAGUUUGCUACUACUGGUGGCUGGGGUCUGCUGUCUCGCCCACAUCUCUUUAGCCGGAGUGGUCGGUGUGCCCACCGAUCUUUUGGAGAAGCUCAAGAUCGCUGAUGAUCUGCCCGAAGUGCCACCCGUAGUGGAAGAUGAAAUCUUUGAACGUAACGUUUAUGUGGAUGUCGUACCCGAAGCUCGUGCCAAUGAAUGCAGCAUUACCAUUCGCGGAGGCUUGAGUGAACCCCAGCCUGUCUUCUUGAAGACAGAUGCUGCCGAGUUCUAUCCCUACUCGAACACUGGCGUCAUGCAAGUCGAUGCUGGUAAGACCCUGCAAAUGUUCUGCCCUGGAGAGUUCAAGGUCAAGGCCACCAAGCUCAUCACAGCCACCUGUGUGAGUGGCAAAACCUUCCGCGUCGAUGGCACCAGUUUUGAUUUCUCUGAAUUGAUCUGCAAGUCAUGGCCCAGCUUUGUGGCCAAGAAGAAGGGCUCCUCAUGCAACGGAGGCAUCUUGGUUGGUGUUGGCUUUGAAGUCUCCUCCUCCCGCUUCGUUGAACAAAUGGAAAUCUGUUUCAACGAACAGGAAGAAGUGACCCGCUAUGUCAAACAUUCCUUGGGACCAGCCAACAACUACUACCAGACUGGUGUGGACCGCAUCACCUUCCAAACCGGUGGUUUCUUCAAUGGCAAAAAUGUUGACAAACUCUACACCCAGGUGACCCAACAGGAAACCAUCAACUCUGAAUUGGGCGGUAAUGGUGACAAGUAUUUCGAUUCCUCCAAGAACAUUUACUUGGCCCGUGGUCACAUGGGUGCCAAGGCCGACUUCGUAUAUGGUACCCAACAACGCGCCACAUUCUUAUUCAUCAACGCCGCUCCCCAAUGGCAAGUGUUCAACGCUGGCAAUUGGGCCCGUGUCGAAGACGGUGUCCGUGACUGGGUUUCCAAAACUUCCAAGCAUGUCAACUGCUACACUGGCGUCUGGGGUGUAACCACCUUGCCCAACAAGAAUGGAGUAGAAACUCCUUUGUAUUUGUCGCACGAUUCCAAUAACAACGGCCUCAUCCCUGUGCCCAAGAUCUAUUUCCGUGUGAUGAUCGAACCCGCCACCCAAAAGGGUAUCGUCUUUGUUGGCGUCAACAAUCCCCACUUGACUUUGGAUCAAAUCAAGAAGGACUAUGUCAUCUGUAACGAUGUCAGCGACAAGGUCACUUACAUCAACUGGAAGAAGACCGACAUCACCGCCGGCUACUCAUAUGCCUGCGAGGUUGCCGAUUUCAUGAAGACUGUCAAGCAUUUGCCAUCCCUCUCCGCCAGUGGUGGUCUCUUGAUUUAGAUACCCCUUAGCAAUCAAAUAAAUUCCACAACAAAUCA